CUCGACUUGACCGUGAACACGCCGCCGAGUCGUCAUCAUGAGGCGAGGCAAGAUGGGCAUUGGAGCCGUCAAGUGGAAGCAGGACCAGAAGAAGGCGUAUGAGGAAGUGGGCGCGCAAUUGACACAGAACCACUUGACGCAUGUGCAAGAGCAGCUGCAGGUGUUCAAGACCAACUUGCAAACGUUCGCGGUCAAGUACAAGUCGCAGAUCAAGAAGGAUCCCGAGUUUCGCAAGCGCUUCCAGGUCAUGUGUGCCAAGAUUGGGGUCGACCCCCUCGCAUCCCAGAAAGGGUUUUGGUCCGAGCUGCUGGACAUGGGCGAUUUCUACUACGAGCUGGCUGUGCAAAUCAUCGAAGUGUGCAUCUUGACGCGCAACAAGAACGGCGGAUUGAUUGCGAUCCAGGACCUUCUCGCGCUGCUGGACCAGCGACGCGGGCCCAUGAUGCAAAAGAUCUCGGACGACGACAUCAAGCGAUCUGUGAAGAAGCUCAAAGUUCUCGGCGAAGGCUUUAACGUGAUUGAACUUGGCAUGAAAACGAUGAUUGUGACUGUACCAGUGGAGCUAAGUCAAGACCAUUCGUCCAUCUUGCUGCUCGCCCAAGACACGCAAGGGGUGGUGACAGUCGCCACGUUGGCGGACCGAUUGGGGUGGGAUGCGAAUCGAAGUACGUUGGCGCUGAACGUUCUCUUGCGGGAAGGCAUGGUGUGGCUGGAUGGAGGAGACCAGAAUGGUUCUGGCGCGGCGUAUUACUUCCCCAGCAUUGCAUUGGGCCCAUCGACGUCGUCGUCAAGUACGAGCUCAAGUUAAAAGCUUCCAAACAAGGUCAUUUUCGACAGGAAAAUAGUCAGUUUAUGGUGCAUAUACACACCCAAAAGU